ACCUUCACAACAGCUGACUAGGUAAAAGUUAAGUUAAUCGACGGAAGAGUGUAGAACUUUUAAAACAAAUUUGUUAUAAUUUAAUAUUUGUAGUGUUGUUCUAAUUUUCAAACAAGAAAAUUGUUAAUAUAUUAAAUAGAAAUACAAACAACACGUCCAACAUAAAAAAAUGGCCGAUUCAACAAUUAUCACCGCAGAAAAUCAUGUUGAGAAUAGCGAUAGCAACAGUAAUGGGGAAACCCAUAGCGGUAGCAUAACAUCUGUGCCAAGCACAAGUGCAGUAAUGGUUGCUUCACUUAAAGCGCCCGAAAUUCUUGAAGAAUAUGGACCAAACUUGAAGCUAUUGGUUUGCAAUUCGCAAGUGGCAGAGCUUUUAACAAUAAUCCGUGACAAAAACACUACGCGCAGUGACUUUAAAUUUUACGCCGAUCGUCUUAUACGUUUGGUAAUCGAAGAAUCUCUUAACCAACUACCAUAUUCCGAUUGUCGCGUGGAGACACCAACAGGCGCUACAUACGAUGGUCUAAAGUACCAAGCUGGCAAUUGCGGUGUGUCUAUUAUUCGCUCUGGCGAAGCAAUGGAGCAGGGUCUACGCGAUUGCUGUCGUUCUAUACGUAUUGGCAAAAUAUUGGUUGAAUCUGAUGCGGAUACGCAUGAAGCACGUGUUGUGUAUGCUAGGUUUCCGGAUGACAUUGCCAGUCGGCAAGUGCUACUCAUGUAUCCGAUUAUGUCAACUGGUAAUACGGUACUGCAAGCUGUGAAUGUACUUAAAGAGCAUGGUGUUCCCGAAAGCUGUAUUAUACUAUCGAAUCUUUUCUGUACACCAAUUGCUGCUAAAACCGUAGUAGGUGCUUUUCCUAAGCUAAAAAUUCUCACAUCUGAGUUGCACCCUGUCGCACCUAAUCAUUUCGGGCAAAAAUACUUUGGUACUGAUUAACAAGCAACUAUAUGUUUAAUUUAUUAAAGUUUUACACUGCUUAUACAACAAUUGUAAACUAUACUAGUGAUUAAGAAUUUAGGGUUAAUUUAACUAAUCAAUUAACUUAAUUUUUUUUCGGAAACAGCAGAAAUCAACGAUGUACUUAAAAUCGUUAAUAAAUAACUUCGCGAUUUCUAUGUAUAUUAAUACCUCUGUGCAAGUUUUAUAAUAACUUGAUAAAAAUGCAAUUUAAUUUUUAAAUAUGGUCUUACUUUUAAAUUUUCCUAUUCAAAAUGAUCUUUAUAAAUAGAAACUUAUUUAUCAUUUUUUUAGUUUAAGUCUAUUGUGGUUACUUUCCAGAGAAAGUAACACGCUAUAUGUAUAUCAAACUCAAAACUAACAUUUGUUCGAAUGUUUCCUAUUGUUCUUUUAUAAUAAUAUCUAUGUAUAAUAAAGAAAAACAAAAUCUUCAAAAAUGUGUUCUU